AUAAGGAAAAAAGCCUGGAAGGAAGAAGUCCCACGCCUUCUCUUAGGUCCAGAUCAGAGAACUUUCGAGAUCGAAUCAUAGCUAGAAGUUAAAGCUUUGGCAAAGAAGAAUGACUUCCAUUCCUGAAGUAGGGAAGAUUACGUUUUAUAUCAUGUUAAUUUGAUUCAGAGAUGCCGAUGCCAAUUGUCAGUGCCUUCCUCUAAAUAGAAGGGAGAGUGAACAAAGAAGAAAAGAAUAGCUUUUCUCUUGCGGCUGCGACAAUGCCUUCCAUGCCAAGCAGGGUAGAAGGAAUAAAGGUUCUUAGUCCUUCUCGAAAGCUGCCCGCGAAUGAUAGGCUGACAGCUGACUUGCUUGACCUAUUGAAAUGUCAGUAUAAACUUCUGGCACAUGGUCGGCGAGCUAAAGGGGUAGUUUCGGUUUUGGUUCUAGGCAAAGAUCUUCCAGUAGCUGUUCCCUUCCCACUCAACAUUCUUUCAUAAUAUUCUUUCCUUGCCAUCCUUCAACCAGCUUUUUUUCGGACUGCUCUUACUGCUGCUUCCUAUGCUUCCUGCUUCUGUCUACCUCUUACUGUAGUAAGAGGUCGGAUUGCCUAAAUUCACUAAGACUACUCUCCAUUCAAAAGAGUCCACUAAAGCUAAAGAAAGCAAAAAAUUGCGU